CAAGAUGGCGGACGGAGGAAGUCACAGGGUAGGACUGGAGUUACUGGGAAAAUGCUCGAAGGAAGAGGCCGAAAAAAUAACACACGAACUGUUGGAAAGUAUAUGUACUGGGAAGAGCUUGAGAUAUCAAAACUAUGGAAAGAUUUGGACAACUGAAGAGUGGAAACUGUUACAACAAAAUGGAAAGGAAACUUUAAAAGGAUUCACUUCAAGAGGAAUGGACAAGGAACAGAUCUCCAAGGAACUUGACAGAUUUUCACUAACUUCUGAGGUUAAACAAGCCAUACUUGAUUGUGUCUGGCCUCGUCAAGAAGAAGUGAGACAAAUGCUAGUGCUUAAUGCAGCUUCAAUAUCAAAUUCUUACCUAAAAGAUUUUGACUGGAAAGUCAAGAUGACAAUGUCUAGUGAUAAGUUGGCCAGUGUAAAAGAACCCACUGUCACACUGGACUUUGAUGUCAAUGAGAGUGGGAAAGAUAGGAACGUUUCUGUUGAGCUUUCAAAGGAAGAAUUAGACAAUCUUAUAUCAUCAUUAGAUGCAGCUAAUAAGGUGGUUAUGCAACUGAGGAAAUAAGUUUUGAACACAUUCUUUUGUCUUGCUCAGGAUAUUCAUUCAUACAAUGUAGUUUUAAAAUUACCAAAAACAAAAAAGAAAAACAACUGUGUACUUGAUAGAAAAUGGGCAUGUGUCUAGUACAGCAAGAUGAAGAAUCAUGUCAAAAGUAUUUUUAGAGCCUUAUUAAACAAAUAAAAUUGUUUUUUACAUAAACUUAUUGAAUUCAUAUGCUGACCAUAUUUUUUUAUAACCUAAGUGUUCCUUUGAACAGAUUGACAAAUAGAUUCCAUGUUGCUGUGUGUCCGUUCAGUAAUAGAUCACAGGAGCAGAUUACAAGGGUCAUUAGAAUUUGGAAGUGCAAAAAAGGGGCACAAAAUGUAGGCGUGUGUGUCACUGAUGUUCUUGUGACAUUUUGAUGUCUUCUGUGAAAUAUUACUGUUCAGAGUCAGACCAACCACAUCAUGGAAUCUAUUUAUUGCUAAGAUAAGCUGUGUCAAUGGUGCAGUCAUAAUUUACAAUGUAUGUUUGUCCUCCAUCAGGUCAUAAGAAAGAACGUAUGAAAAUGUAUAUGACUCAGCACUUCAUAUAACAAAAAAAUAUGAAAUGAAUAAUAAUCUGUCAAACCUAGUAAGGAGAAAUCUACUCUUAUUUUUGUGAAUUUUUUGGAGUUGAAAAAAGUGUUUUUACUUUUCAUGUGCCAUGUGCAAAUGUAGGUAUUACAACCAAUUACAACAAUUACAAAUGUUGCAUGUUUUAGGAUACUGGUAGAGCUUCACUGAGUACUUGUAUGCAAUUACAAACAAGGCAAGGAUAAAUUUGAAUUAUUUCAAGCAAAGCCAUCUUUCUUGGACAUUAAUUUUUGAUAAAAUAUCUGGUGUUCACUGUACAGGUGACAUGAUGAAAUUGUUUGUGUUUGUUACCUGUGUGAUAUUGGUGGAAACUGUGAAUAAA